AUGGCAAAGAGGUACAAAGCAUUGCUUCUCAUCACGACUAUAUCUCUGUCUUUGUUAGCCUGGCACCAAUAUACCAAAUCCAAAACAUGGUGGUCAUUCCCCAACUACGACGAUGGCUCGCCAGCCGGGGAGCGGGCAAUCUACACCGUUGAUGACCGCUCCGCUCGUCUCCACACCUCCACCAACAAAGGCAAAGAAUCCCUCGCCUACUUAACCUACAUAAUAUCCCACUACUCCUCUCUCCCCUCCACCGUCGUCUUCCUACACUCGCACCGCAGCGGCUAUCUACGAGGCUGGCACACUGACGCUUGGGGUUGGGAUAACGUCCGCGCUCUGAGGUCCCUCCGCCUUUCCUACGUCCAGGAAUCCGGAUACGUCAUCCUGCGAUGUAAUUGGAAACCAGGAUGCUUACCAGCGCAUUAUAGUCCAAAUACGCAUGUUACAAAGGAAGUUUGGCUGGAGGUUUUUGGAUAUGGGGCAAAUGGAACGGCGGAGCAGGUACCGGAUCAGGUGGGCCAGGCGUGUUGUCCGCAAUUCGCGGUGUCAAGGACCCAAAUCAUAGCUAGACCAUUAGAGGACUAUAUCUCUUAUCGUCAAUGGGUCCUAGACACAGAAAUGAGCGAUGAGAAGAGCGGGAGGGUUAUGGAGUUUUUGUGGCAUGUUAUUUUUGGGAAAGGGCCGGUUUACUGUCCGGAGCCGAGUACAUGCUAUUGCAAAGUAUAUGGAAGAUGCGACUGA